AUGGCGCUACCACGCCCCUCCAAGCCCACUCAUCGACCCCGUCGAUCCCGGCAUCCUCGCGAUUCCUCGUCGCGUAUAGAGCUCACCACCCUCGAGCCUCUCCACCCAGUUCACUACAUCAUCCUUGACCACCUUUUCCACCUGGCCCCUGCUACAUACCUUCGUCUCUCGAAGGGCCUUCACGACUAUGGCACCGCGCGUCUCUCAGCUCCUGUCGACUUUGACGAGCAGCUGGUCUCGCGCUUUCACGAAUCUGUCAAGAAGCAGCAAGACAUCAGAUGGCUGUUUCCCAUCACGCAAUCGCGUACCAUCAGAUUCCCGAGCUACCGCCUCUUUGCGAUGAUGGUCUGCUUUCUCAGCCAAGUUGAGCGACAAAAGAGGCGCAAGCGCAAGGCGGGAGCAAGCUAUCUCUUGAAACUGUCCAUUUCCGACUCGCGUUUCCCCGAACCUUCCACCUUAUCCGCCUCUCUCACCUCCCUUCUUCGUUCUUUGACUUCCAAGAAGCCCAGCAAAAUCAUAAUAGACAUCUCCGGCCCUACCCACAUCUCGCUCCGCCAAGCUGUUGUUGAAGCUAUCGCCGAAUACAUCUCGAUGAUGGCUGAUUGCGGUUUUCUUUCGCAAGCGAAGAUGAUGAGAUUUGAGAUGACCGGGAGGUAUGAGCUAUAUGGUAGAGUGUGGAGAAAGGUUGAGGAAAGGCGUUAUGGCAAAGACCUCAUGAGAGUGCUCAGGUCUAUCUACAAGUUUUAUUAA